AUGCCCUUUGGCUCAUCUGCAGCCAAUACCUUUGUAGAACAUGUCAGUACCGAUCUACCCACCAGGCGUGAGCCUCGGCAUACUCUCCCCCCAGCGUUGUCGCUGUGGGCUGUUGCGGGUUGUCUUUCCAUCGUAUCCGGAUGUCGAGCUGAGGCGGAUAGUUUCAAGCUCUUGCCUGUUUUGGCCCCCUUGCUCCUUUGGACAGAGGGAAGCCUGAAUCGUAACCCUCAGGGGCGCGAUGCCGCGGAUAUCUCAAAGUUAGCCCCCCUGUCCAGUAAGCUGUGGAUAGCAGCAAUCAUUGCAGCUCUUCUGACCUUGGUUCUGAUUGACUGGAAUUACUCUGGACUUGUGCCUUCUGGUGUUGCAACUGGCGCCUCUUUCAUCGCCUAUCUUUCAUUCCAAUCAAGACCAAAGGGCGGUUACUUCUUACCUCACCUGAAUCCCUUCGAAGAGCAUGUUUACUCUCUUGCACCGAGAGUGACUGGACUCCUUUUAGUUGGUAGUCUUGCCAGAGUAUCUGUCUUUGGCCUUCCACGAGCUAGUCCCUUGAACGCUUUGUUCCUGGGACUGGUAAAGGCGCUUUUCUGGCGAUGUGCUUCCAGAGCUGCUCGUCACACGUCAUGGACUCUUCCGACUUUGAUGACCACAUUCGGUCUUCUAGCAACGGGCGAUCCUUUCGAUUUCACAUUUGAGAGCCAAGCAUUAUUAAAUGCUGUAUGUGCCUUGCUCUGCCUUGGCCAGAUUGCUGGUUUCGUCCCCAGACAGAUACGACCAACGCGAGUCUUGUACGCCUGCAUUAUGCUACCGAUAAUACCAUAUGUGACCAACAUUAUGGCUAUUUAUCACGCACGAACCGAUGCUCCUACCUUCACCACGGAGACACCACAUCCAGUCAUGGCCCUGUAUAACAAAGCACAGAAAGAGUUCGAGAACCAAUAUAGAAGGCAAUCGACAGCCUUCGACGCCGCGUCGCAUACCUAUCAGAGCAAAUACGGUAGAGAGCCACCUCCAGGCUUCAAGAAAUGGUAUGACGCUGCGCGUUCUAAUGAUUCACCAUUGGUCGACGAGUUCGACUCCUUGUAUCAGACAAUAUCGCCGUUCUGGAGGCUGAGCGGCAGUGAGGUUCUUGAUGUUAUGCAUCAGGCGAAAAGCCUCCCUGGAAGCGAUUUGUGGCUUUGCAAGUUUUCAGGCACAUCGUCGACAACAAAAUGCAGUCACUCAUAUCGUACUUUUGACAGACAUGUAUCGCGAAUGUUUAACAAUAUCUUGGCCAAUUUCACUGGACUUCCUGAUGUGACGUUUCUUGUCAAUCACAUCGAUGAACCUCGUGUUAUUUCUCAUCAUUCUGCUGAACCAUCUUCUCCCCACGAUCGAGGGAUAACUGUGGAAGAUCGCAGCCGACAACCUAUAUGGGACUUGGUGACCAAGACCUGUGCCCUUAGAGAGAGAGAAACAGGAGGCCAAGACAACAUCAACACAUUUGGCCUGCCAUUCGUGACCAACAUCUCAUCAGCCCAAGAUCUCUGUCAGCACCAAGAAUACAGCGGCUCACAUGGUUUCAUAAUGAGUCCCGUCUCGUUCCGCCCGAUCCAUGGCCUGGUUCCAAUCUUCUCAACCGGCAAACUAUCCACGAUGAGUGACAUUCUCAUUCCGAGUCCAGCGUAUACCGAGCAAGAAUUCAUUUACAACGAGUCUAGAGAUGUUGACUGGGGUCGAAAAAGACAAAGCCUCUACUGGGCAGGUUCAACCACUGGAGGGUUUGCGCUUGAUACCCGAUGGCAGUUCUUCCAUCGACAACGGUUUGUUGAACUCACACAGAAUUUGAGAACAAACAAAUGUUAUGGCUACCUACAAACGAAAGGUAGUGUUUUGCAGAAAGUCAAAUCCUCUUUUCUAAAUGGAAGACUCUUUGACGUCACCUUCACCCGCAUUUUCCAAUGCCAGAGAAAAGCCUGCAGGGAUCAAGAUGCCUAUUUCAACACCAAAUCCUGGGUAGAUAAAGACGAAGCCCUCAAGUCAACGCUUGCCUUUGAUAUAGACGGCAACGGUAUCAGCGGCCGUUAUCACAAGCUACUUGCUUCCAAGUCAGUGCCAAUGAAGCAGACAUUAUUCCAAGAAUGGCACGACGAUCGACUAGUACCUUGGCUGCACUAUGUACCCAUCAGUCAAAGUAUGGAAGAGCUCCCGGAGCUAGUCUUUUAUCUCACCUCGACUGCCUCCGGAAAAGAGGUCGCGAGGCAGAUCGCAGAGCGAGGUCGACAAUGGCAUGCCAGAGCGUUUCGUGAAGUCGACAUGGGCCUGUAUGUUUACCGGCUGUUGUUGGAGAUGGCAAGGCUUCAAGAUCCUCAGCGCACGCCUUGGGAAUAA